GAUCCUCCUCAUUUUUCAAAUCUCACCUCCUUCUCUCUCUCUUUCUCUCUCUCUCUCGGUUUCACGGCUCUUUCCAAGCUUCCAUCUUUCUUUCACCAUUCGCGAAGCAUUUCACAGGGAGAGCGACAAAUGUCUGCGGACAAAGACGAGGACCCUCGCGUGUCCGGCAUCAAGUCCAAAAUCCGCGUCGUCCCUGAUUUCCCCAAGCCAGGAAUAAUGUUCCAAGACAUCACUACUCUGUUACUGGAUUCCAAGGCAUUCAAGGACGCCGUCGACUUGUUCGUUGAGCGUUACAAGGACAGGAACAUUUCUGUUGUCGCAGGAAUAGAAGCUCGAGGUUUCAUAUUCGGUUCCCCUAUUGCCUUAGCGAUAGGAGCGAAAUUCGUUCCCUUGAGAAAGCCUGGGAAGCUGCCAGGUGAGGUCAUCUCAGAAGAUUACGUUCUGGAGUAUGGAAAAGAUUGCUUGCAAAUGCACGUCGGGGCAGUGCAACCUGAGGAACGAGCUUUGGUGGUCGAUGAUUUAAUUGCCACCGGUGGUACCCUCUGUGCAGCCAUGACUUUACUUGAACGCGUUGGAGCCAAAGUUGUCGAAUGCGCUUGCGUGAUUGAAUUGCCAGACUUAAAGGGUAGGGAGAGGUUGAAGGGAAAGCCUUUAUAUGUGCUUGUGGAGUCCCAUUGAUUCUAGCAGCGCGUGUGUUGCGCCCUCCUCGUUGAAACCUUCUUAGACGUACAUUAGAGCAAUAUUGGUUAUUGAUCACUUCUCAUCGGGACUCCCGAUCUCGUCUUUGCUCUCUUCCCACCAUUGCUGAAUUUUGAUCGACCUUGGUGAUUCAUUCGGACCAGUAUCGGUAACUUUACCUGGCAAGAUCCACGAAUGUCGUAUCGAAGAGCUUGUUUGGUUCGUGGGUACUUUUAGCUACUGUUUGUCAGGGCAAAAAAAUGUAUCGACCUAAAUCCGUCAUCCCAGGUACUAUCGAUUCGGAUCUUCUUAUUUGUGGACCGCAGCAUUGCUGAAUCUCAUCUCCAACCUUUGUUGACUCGUAAAAUUAUGUGGUAUCAAUUUAUGUCUCUGAAAUACUGCAA